UUGAAAUAUUAGAACCUUUAAAUAGUGCUACUAAAUAUUUUAGUAGCAUGAAAUAUCCUACUAUAGCAUCUAUUCAUCCUUUAAUAGAGGUAAUGAAAGUUAAUUAUACAAAAGAUAUAGAUGUUAAUGAAUAUGAAAAUAAUAACAAUGAAGACCUUCAAAUGACACCUAAUUAUGAUUCAGAGUCUGAUUCAUCCGAUGAAGAAGAAGAAAGUAACAUAUCCUUUAAUGCUCAAGAAGAUCAAUUUGAUAAUAACUUUGAAUUAAUUAUAAAAGAAAUACAAAAUAUUAUUUACAACUCACUUUUUGAAUAUUGGGAUCACCCAUCACAAACUUGCUUUCUUUCCACUUUAUUAAACCCUGGCUAA